CGCCUUACCGAUUCACCGUAGCAGAACUCGUGAGAAGGAAACAACGUUGUAGUGUGACGCAUUAUGAGAGAAAGAGACAAAAUGCGUGUAGGAAGUUGAAAGAAAGUGACUUUUUGUCUACUCGUGUUGAAUUUAUGAGAACUAUCUCUAUAACUUAUGGAAUGGGUUCCCAUUGACUCCAGUCUUCCGUUGAAUUGGAAAGUGACGCGUCACAAGAAACAGUGUAUGGAGUAUGAAUGGGUGAUGAUAGUUAUAGCUUUUAAAUAUAAAGUAUAGAAGAAAGCCCUCUCCCUAUCACUCUCAUAUAUAUAUAUAUAUAGUAUAUAUUAUAAAGUUCAUUACCAUAAGAAGCAGCUCAAUUUUGAUUUCAUUUUAGGCAUUUCUGAUCAUGAAGAUAGCAAAUGGGAUAGUUCUUCUCUGUCUUAUAUUAUUCUCUUACCACUACUUGUUUUGUGCAGCUUCUGAUGCCAUAACCAUAGGUAAACCCAUUAGAGAUGGAGAACUUGUCAUUUCUAAAGGAAGAAAGUUUGCUCUUGGGUUCUUCGCUCCUGGCAAAUCGAGCUCUCGCUAUGUUGGAAUAUGGUACUAUAACUUGCCAAAGCAAACUGUUGUUUGGGUGGCAAACAGAGACAAUCCCAUCAAUGACACCUCUGGAGUUCUCUCGCUCAGCACAGAUGGGAAUCUUAUACUCCACCACAAUAACACCAACUUCCCCAUCUGGUCCACAAAUGUUUCUGUCACUGUUCCUAUUACCAGAAUUAUAGCUCAACUCUCUGAUUUAGGUAAUCUUGCUCUAAUUCAAAACGACUCCAAAGCGGUGUUCUGGCAAAGCUUUGAUCAUCCCACCGACACCUUUCUUCCAUAUGGAAAACUGGGUUUCAACAAAAGAACUGGUCAAGACUGGUUCUUGCAGUCAUGGAAGACCGAUGAUGAUCCUGCAACAGGAAGCUUCUCAGCUAGGUUCAAUACUUCUGGCAAACCUCAGUUGUUUCUGUACGAGCAAAAUGUUCCAGUGUGGCGAAUUGGAUCCUUCAAUGGAGAAAUUCUUGUGGGUCUGACGGCUUUGAAACGAUUAAUGGUGCGUACUUUGAAUGUCUCUUUUAUGGAAGAUGAUAGUGAGGUUAGAGUCGUGUAUCAUGCCUUGGACAACACCUCCAUAUUGAAGUUUAUAGCUAGUCCAUCUGGAUUCAUGCAAACGCAUAAAUGGGAUUAUGCGAAGAAAGAUUGGAUGCGAUAUCGAUCUUAUCCAGAAGUGGGCUGUGACGCAUACGGAACUUGUGGCCCCAAUAGCAACUGUGACUCUUAUAACUAUGGAUACAACAAGUGUUCUUGCCUACCUGGGUUUGAACCUAGAAACCCAACCGAUUGGCAUGAGAAGAAUGAUCAAUCAGCAGGUUGUGUGAGGAAGAAAGGACAACCCUUGUGCAGAAAUGGAGAAGGCUUUGUUAAAGUAGAAAGUGUCAAGAUUCCUGAUACAUCUAUAGCAAAAGUUAGAAAGGGUUUGAGCAUGGAGGAAUGUGAACAAGAGUGCUUGAGAAACUGUUCUUGCAGUGCCUACGCUGCUGCUGAUGUGAGAAAUGGAGGAAGUGGGUGCUUAGCAUGGCAUGGGACUCUGAUGGACACAAUGGUGUUAAAUGAGGAAGGCCAUGAUUUAUAUGUUCGUGUUGAUGCCAUUGAACUAGCAAACUAUAAUAGGAAAUCGAAAGGAACACUUUCUAUGUCUGGAAUGGUGGGAAUUCUGAUAGCUACUCUGGUUGUAAUUAUUCUUCUGGUUUCCCCGUGUGUUUAUUGCUUUUGGAUGAAGAAAAAGAGAGAUCAAAUGGCUGAGCAACAAAUAAACAUUGAAUCUUCCUCUGAAGAAGAGCAUGGUGAAAAUAGAACCCAAGCAAGCUUACCAUUUUUCAACAUCAAAACAAUACUGGCUUGUACAAAUAGUUUUUCAAUUGAGAAUGAGUUAGGGCGUGGUGGAUUUGGCUCUGUCUACAAGGGCAUAUUAGUUAAUGGACAAGAAGUAGCAGUGAAAAGAUUGUCUAAAGGUUCAGGACAAGGGACCGAGUUCAAGAAUGAAAUUAAACUUAUUGCUAAAUUGCAGCACAGGAAUCUUAUAAGGUUGCUCGGAUAUUGCAUUCAUAAAGAAGAAAGGAUGUUGAUCUAUGAGUACGUUCCCAACAAAAGCUUGGACUUUUAUCUUUUUGAUAUGAAUCAAAGAUUAUCUUUAGAUUGGGAUAAGCGUGUUCAUAUUAUUUUUGGAAUUGCUCGAGGUCUUCUUUAUCUUCAUCAUGAUUCAAGAUUGAAAAUAAUCCACAGAGACCUUAAACCUAGCAAUGUUCUCUUAGAUGCUGCAAUGAACCCCAAAAUUUCAGAUUUUGGUAUGGCUAGAAUAUUUGCAGAGGAGCAAAUCCAAGCAAGAACAAGUAGAAUUGUUGGGACAUACGGUUAUAUGUUCCCAGAAUAUGCAAUGGAAGGACAAUAUUCGACAAAGUCUGAUGUCUUCAGCUUUGGUAUUCUUUUACUAGAGAUUAUUAGUGGUAGGAGAAACACAGAUCGUGAGAAGGAAGGAUCAUCCUUGAAUUUGAUUGGACAAUUAUGGGACUUGUGGGGAGAGGGAAAGGCCUUGGAAAUAGUAGACUCAACACUUGGCGAAUCAUAUCCUGUUGAUGUUGCCCUAAGAUAUAUCAAAAUAGGGCUCUUAUGUGUGCAAGAAAGUGUCAUCCAUAGGCCAUCCACGUCAGAAGUUAUUAUCAUGCUUGGCAAUGAAGUAAGCCUUCCCUCGCCUCAAAAGCCUGCAUUUCUGUUAAAUUCUAAUAAUUUGUUUUCAGAGGCUUCAACAUCUAGAGAAGUUUCAGCUAAUGUCCUCACUCAUUCUACAAUUAGUGGUCGAUAAUUAUAAAUUGAACAUGGAUAACGUUAAGUGAUUUGAAGUGAAGUGAGGAAGGAGAUAGACACUAUUUUAACCAGUCUCUGAUAAAAGUUGGAUCCAAUUAUGUUAUAUGUAUGUUACUCCUUACUUUACGUGACGCCACUUCAGAUCCAUGUUGAUCAUGAAUUAGUCACGAGUACUUUGUGCUUUAAUAACGAGUAUAUAUGCCAUUUUAGAAUUUUUGAUUUAAAAAUGGGAUUUUAAAGUGUAUUC